CCCAGACUGAGCAACACCCAGCUGCAGCCCCGAACGAGAGUCAAACUCAUGAAGCGGCCACCGAAACACAUGUGGAGCGUUUUCCGCAAGGAAAAAGACAUCAUAGCGAAAAAAAGGAGGAGGAACAUUCGACAGAAUAACGAACGAAGUUGGUGGGGAGCUGUGAAAAAAAUUUCACUGUCAGUGCUAGUAUAUGUGAACGGUUGUGAUGAAGUAAUUUUAAAUUGGUCGAUCUUGAGGGUCUUCAAGUUCCCCAGACGUCACGUACAUAUCAUUUCCAGUGGUAAGAGCGUUGAACGACGCCCAUGGGUAUCCGUCGCCCACAACGGUCUUCAAGUUAACCGAGUAUCGCUCGCGAUUCCGCGCAAUUCGGAAAUGCUAAGCCAUUUCAAUUUCCUGAUCGGAGGAAAUAGCCCAUCGCACAGCUACCCAAAUUCGGGUGACCCCUGCCACCUAGCAGUCACAGGGGGCUCAUCUCUUCGAUCUUUUGGGCUGUGUGUGGUUCCCGGCUCUCUGCUCAUUCGGGUCGCGAAAAGAGAGCAGAGAUUUCAUUCUAUCUAUAGUGUCAUAUAAUUGCCACAGGGUUCGAAUUCGUAUUUCCCUUCAUCCGUGAUAUCAAAAUUUGGAAGGCCUAACAAAGCUAGUAGUUCGUCGUUCGGAUACCAGCCGAAAUUCCCUUCUUUUUGUGCCAUUCUUGGCCCGUGGGACAUGGGCAGCGAGAAGCACCCGUUACGUGUACGUGAACUUGAAUAUGGAUUAGAAAUACAGCACAUUUCCACCCUCACCUGGAUUAGUAUAGAGGGGCUACGGAGAUGAGCGGCUCGGCUGGGAGGAAGCUCAC